AUCCCCCAAGUAAGCUACUCCUCGACUGGUGCUGAACUGAGCGAGAAGCCACGAUUCGCCUAUUUUUCCCGAGUGGUGCCUCCUGACAAUCUCCAAGCACAAGUGAUGGCACGAGUGAUUCGAGAAUUGGACUGGACGUAUGUGCAUGCUAUCGCCGAUACUGGUUCCUAUGGUGAACGCGGCAUGGAUUCGUUUCGAGCAGCUGCCACUGAGUUGGGGAUUUGCAUUGACGGAGAUGUGCACAAGAUCGGCCGACGAUGGACGGACAAGAAUUUUCGUGAUCUGUUAAUCCACAUGCAUCGAACUCGCAAGGCUCGUGGUGUGGUGAUGUUUGUCGACGAGGACAACCUGAAGCGAUUACUCCAUACUCUCGACAAAUUGAUCAAGGACGGCCACACGGAACUCGACAGGCAUUUUUGCUCUCGAAAAUACCACAUAAACAAGAAAUAA